AGAUUCUAUUCAUCCCGAGUCGGGCGGAGUCCAUGCGCGCGCCAGAGAAAGGACCCUUUAGACCGUCUAGCGGCUCGAGCUCUCCGUAACCGCCCUGAACACCAGGUUUAUUCACUCAUCGUUGUUUUUUUUUUAUUUUUUAAUCCUGCCUGAGAUGACGACGACGACUACUUUCCAAGGGAUGGACCCUGGCGCAAAAAAUAGCUCCAGGGUUCUCCGGCCACCCGGCGGAACCUCCAACAUUUGCUUCGGCACAGAUGAGGAAAGGCCGGCACGCAAGAACAGAAUGGCCUCCAACAUCUUCGCCGAGCCCGAUGACCCCCACGCCCAUCGGAGGAACAACCCGCCUGGUGGUGAAGCGACUGGAGUUCUGUGUGGCGAACACUCCGCCCCAUUGAGACGGUGCCACCAGCCACCAAUCUACCUGAACAACUCUGAACACCCAGGAAAACCCCUGGAGGAAAAUCACGAGCAAGUAAAUUAUGAUCAGUUAGAGGAAAGCGAAGCCCCUGAGGAAGAGCCUCAGCAGCAGCUGCAGCAGAAGGAUGAGGAGCAGAACCAGCCCUCUGGCGCCUCCUCUGGCCGAAGAAACCCUCCUGGUGGAAAAUCCAGCCUCAUUCUGGGCUGAGCGCGCUCACUGAACUCUCUCUCUCUCUCUCUCUCUCUCUGUCUCUCUUUUUUUAAAGAUUCACUCUCUCUUCACUCUCUCACUCUCCUCAUGUGAGCCAUGGGAUGAUUAUUUUUCCCUUUUUGUCCACUACCACAUGUCUGUAUUAUUGUUUUUCUAUCGCAAAAAAAAGAAGAAAAGAAAAAUGAAAGAAAGCUGGUUGGCAGAAGCACUUUAUGUAAAAGCUCCAUUUCAGCCCAUCAUGAAGAGCGCAGGCCGUGCAGGGGGAAGCAUGGAAGGCAAAGCAAGGAAAAGAUUUGUCGCGCUAAAUUUCUAAAUACAAAUAAAGAUUGAUAUGAAUUUCA